GGUGGAGGGGCCUGUUCAUAUCCUGCAGCGAAAGUAAAGUAAAUAUCCCUCUGCCUGCAUAUCAUGCAUAUGUCUUGCUGUCGACUCACCUUUCUAGUAAAGGUUGCCGUUUCCUGCACUCUGAUUGUUCUAUUCGUACUAUACUACAACCACAAAGCUUUUGUGAUUGGACUCCCAGGAGCUACCCUCCAGCUGCUUGUCCCAUCGCCAUAUGCCGACUGUCCACCUGGCUUUUACGCUAAAGAGGAGCUCAAGCCUCACAUGCAGAGGCCUCCCCAAGAUCCCACGGCACCGGGUGCUGACGGCAAAGCCUUUGAGCCACAUUUGUUAACUGCCAAGGAAGGAAAAGAGUUAAGUCAGGGUUUUAUCAAAAACCAGUUCAACCAGUUUGCCAGUGAUCGAAUUUCCCUGCACCGCCUAUUGGGCGAAGACACACGCCACCCAGACUGCCUUGAACAGAAGUUUCUGCGUUGUCCUGGCCUCCCCACCACCAGUGUGAUCAUAGUGUUUCAUAAUGAGGCCUGGUCCACUCUGCUGAGGACGGUCUACAGUGUGUUGCACACAGCUCCUGCCGCCCUGCUCACAGAGGUCUUACUGGUGGAUGACGCCAGCACAGAUGUGCACCUUAAGACUCGCCUGGAUGACUAUGUGCAGCAGCUUAAGAUAGUGCGUGUUUUACGCCAGAGGGAGAGGAAAGGCUUGAUCACAGCCAGACUGUUGGGAGUGCAGGCUGCACGAGGAGAGGUCCUCACAUUCCUGGAUUCCCACUGCGAAUGCUACCCUGGAUGGCUGGAGCCUCUUCUAGCCCGGAUAGCAGAGCAACCUACUGCUGUGGUGAGCCCACAUAUCGCCCCUAUUGACCAAAAUACCCUCAGGUUCACUAAGCCAAUACCUAUACCGUAUCCUUAUCAACGAGGGAAAUUUGACUGGAUGCUCAGGUUUAGAUGGGAGGCCAUCCCAGAAGAUGAGAAGUUAAGAAGGAAGAAUGAGACUGACCCCGUCAGAACGCCUGCUUUUGCUGGUGGCCUGUUCUCUGUGUCUAAAGCAUACUUUGAGCACAUCGGCUCUUAUGAUGACCAGAUGAGGUUCUGGGGAGGAGAGAAUUUGGAGAUGUCCUUCAGGGUCUGGCAAUGUGGAGGUCAGCUGGAGAUCAUUCCUUGUUCUAUCGUAGGGCACAUUUUCCGCAAAAAAAGUCCCCACACAUUCACCAACGCAAGCUAUGCAAUCACCCGCAACCUGGUCCGCCUUGCUGAGGUCUGGAUGGACGACUACAAAUUUGCCUUUUAUCGUCGAAACCGAAAUGCAGCUGCCAUUUUUAAAGAAAACUCAUUUGGAGACGUGACCAAACGCCGUGAACUCAGAAAGAGACUAAAAUGCAGAGACUUCCCUUGGUACCUGAAAAACAUUUAUCCAGAGGCCUACGUGCCUGACAUCAGACCAGUCAAACACGGACAGUUGAAUAACAUUGGUGGGAAGUGCUUCCUGGAUGUGGGGAAGAAGAAAAACAAGGACUGGGAGCCUGUUAAUAAGUUCAAAUGUCAUGGUAACAGUGGAGCACAGUAUUUUGAGUACACAUCCCAGCGAGAGGUACGGCUCAGCAGCGGCAAUGACUUGUGUUUACAUGCAACCCUCGGACGAGCUCUGGUGUCUCUUAAACUCUGUCAGCUGAAGGGAAAGUCAACCACAGCAGCACCUGAGCAAGUGUGGAUCGUCACACAGGUACAACACGUAUUUCUUCAUCGACUGAUAUUACAACACUGUCCCCACAGGCACAAGAAUGCUGCUUCAGGGAAAUACUCAGAUUUCCAUUUCCUCAUUCUUGUCACUCUUCCUCGCGGGUUCCACAUCUGAAUGUAACCCGUUUUAAAACAAUAGAAGACAUUGUACAGUUUGCAUUUUUUCUUUCAGACAAACCAGUUGAAGAACCCGUCGUCAGGCAAGUGUUUGACGGUAUCACGAGGAAAUGUGAUCCUGGCUCUCUGCAAGUCCACCAGACUCAGCCAGAAGUGGGCCUUCAUAGUAUAGAUUCAAGAUUCAAGAUGUUUAUCGUCACUCCGGUUGCACAAAUACACUCGUGGGAAAAUCUUUUGCUUGGUGGCUCCACUAAAGAAAUGGUAAAUUGUAAUUAGUUCAUCAAGUGUAUUCAAAAGAUGGGGAAUAAAUACAGUCUUUGUUAUGUAUAAAAAUAAAUUGCAAAGUUCAGCCGAAGCUUAUGUGGGCCUUCAGCAGUCUGAGGGGUUAUCAUAAAAAGUUACUGUCUUUUCAGCACAAUGUCCCCCUUCUCGUGUUCCCAACCCCUGUGCUGCAACUCUGCAGGGAAACACUGUCUAAACUCAAUGUGGUAAUUACGUGACCGUCAGGAAAUUAUCCUCUUGAUCUGGUUAACUCUGCCGCUAACUGCUAAGGCCGGAACUUAGCUUCGGGUUCUGGAUUCUGAGCCCCAUCUCUUACAUGGAGACAUUACAUUCCACUAAGAGAACAUCCCUUCUUGGCCUGUAUCAAGAGGAGGAAUAAUGCUUUCAAUGUGAGAAUGUGAGGAUGCCUUUCAUUUCUAUUUUUCUCAAGGUCAACAAAUUCCAUGGAAAGACCAAAACCAAUGAAUUUCAAUGAAUUGAUUGUAUCAGGUGCUGAUGCUAAUCCUCUGUGCCAUGGAGCACAAAUUUUGUCCAAAAAACAUUAAAAAAAAACAUGA